AUGACUUCAAUCAACCAACUGCCAUCUUCGUAUCAAUUUGCAACUUGCAACCCAUUGAUGCAAUCUUGCAUGUCGCCAUCAGGCAACUACAAACAGAAUCCAUUUGAAGUCGUGCCAUUUUCCAACCCCGCAUUGAUUCAGCAACUCCAACAGUUUGGAGUUCCAUCUGGAUUGAGUGGUGUUCAUCCUAGUGUUUAUUCCAAUGUUGGAUUGAGUGGUGUUCAUCCCAAUGUUUAUUCCAAUGUUUCUCCAUUCAACACGCCCAACACGGUCAAUGCUUUAAACUCUUUCUGUCCAGUUGAUCCAUUGAGCCAUCACAUGCAGAUCCCUCGAUUCAACCAGUUCAGUCAACUUCCAUUGAACCAGAUGAACCAGAUCCCUCAGUUUGGUCAAAUCCCUCAAAUUCCUCAGUUUGGUCAACUUCCAUUCAACCAGAUGAGCCAGUUUGGUCAACUUCCAUUCAACCAGCUCAAUCAGUUUGGUCAACUUCCUCAGCUCAACCAGUUUGGUCAACUUCCAUUCAACCAGCUCAACCAGCUCAACCAGAUCCAUCAGUCUUAUCCCCAUGCUGGUAUGAAUGUCCACCAUACUGGCUUGAAUGUUCCCAACGUCACUCCCAUCCAGGAAAUCACCAAAGAUCUUAUUAUUGAUCGUACUCGCGACUUUAACAACCUCGAGCUUGUGUCGGAUGUUGCCGAUGCGUGUUCUCAGCCUCGUGCUACUGAUAUGAUCAUCAGCCAUCUUGCCCAAGGUGUUGUGCCAGCUACCCCUCAGCAUAUUGCCAUGAUACUUUGCAAUGAUCGUUGCAUUGACAAAUCCGCCAACAUGUUGAUUGGAAAUGUUGCAAACAACAUUCGCUUCAAUCGUCGAACCAACGAGAUUCUUUCCAACCUUAUUCGUGGUAUUCCCCACACUCGUCGUGUUGAUGAAGAACGAAAAAACAAAACCGAUGAUGCGAUCGAUCUUGGACUUGCUCGUUCUGCUCAGCAACUGCUUGCUGGUUCCAAUCUUGGUAACUCAGUUUGGGUUGGCCGUCAAAAAGCUGAGCGCAAAAUGAAAGCCGUCAGAGAAUUGAUGACUCCCAAUGCAUUCGGUCAGAUUGAUCCAUCUGUUCAGAUUAUGUUGAACUUGAUUCCCCAGGUCGAAAAACUGUAUGCUAAUGGUGUUGGUCCCGCUUCGGUUGUUGAACAUCUCUCCGCUUCUGGAACCAUUCUCCCCCGUGUUGCCGACUCGUCCAUGUUUUUCAAUGCAGAUGUGUUGGGUCAACGUCAGAUUGGAUUCGGAGGUAUGACAGGAUUCAACGCACCUUGGACCAACUCGGUGCAAAUGGGUGGUCAGGGUUUCCCCGGUUCGUUCAUGGUUUAA